AUGGCCACUCAUACCAUCCGCAAGGUCGUCAUUACCGCCUUUGGCGGCCCCUCCAACGUCGAGGUUGUCACUGCCGAGAUUCCCCCCCCUGCCAAGAAGGAGGUGCAGGUAGAUGUCAUCUACGCGGGUUUCUCGGGCGGCGACAUCAACAUGCGUCUGGGUUCAUACCCCAUGCAGAAAUCUGCACCCCUGACACCUGGGUAUUGCUUCGUUGGUCGUGUUAGCGUCAACGGUAGCAAAGCUUCCAGGUUUGCGCCAGGAGCCCUUGUUGGCGCUGUAACAGUCUAUGACUCUGAGGCCCAAAAGAUUAACAUUGACGAAAAAUACUUGAUUCCCGUUCCCGAGAGCGUCGACAUGAGGGAAGCCGUAGGAAUCGUCCUGGACUGGAACACGGCUUACGGUCUGGUCCAUCGAGCAACCAACCUGGUCGGAAAGGGACAACGAGUCUUUAUCCACUGCAUCAGCGGUGCCGUUGGCUACGCACUUAUGACACUAUGCCUGCUUGAGGGUGCUGAUGUGUAUGGUACCGCCUCGGAGCGAAAUCACGCUUCUCUCCGGGAGCUGGGAGUCACUCCAUUCACCUACGCCAACAAGAACUGGAUGGAUGAGAUGAAGAAGCGUGGCGGCGCGCAUGUUGUCUACGACCCUAUCGGUUUCGAAAGUUGGGACGAAUCCUGGGAUAUUCUCAUUACCGAUGAGCCUAGCCGAUUGGUUGGCUUUGGCGGCAACAUGAACAUCAUCCAGGGAGACUCCGCCAAGACUCGAUCCCAGUUUCCGGCUCAGGCCAAGCUCCUUGCCAAGAAUGGCUGUCUCUUCACCAAGAGAAGCACGAGCUUUUACUACAUUGACCGCGAUCGCUCCACCUUCAUGGAAGAUGCCUUGGCCAUCAUGCAGCUUCUCGCUGACGGAAAGAUCGAGGUCCCCAUCAAGCAGAUUUGGGACAUGGAGAACAUUCGGGAGCCUCAUGAGAACUGGGGCAAGGUCCCCGGCAUGGGUUCGUGCCUUGUUCGGGUGGAUCCCACUGCAUAA